AAAAGUAAACGAAAUAUGUGUCCAAAGAUUGCUUAAUUAUUACCUCUGCUUACUACUUUUGUCUGUUAGUUAACAAAAUCUAUUGCUUCCUUCGUAAUUCUUACCCUUCGAUUCAACAAUCAAACAAUCACCGGAGAGAUUAGAAGACAGCGAGAGACAAGUGAGAGGUGAAACAGAGACAGCCCAAAGUCUCCUAGAAAUGCGGAGCUUAACCUUGGGCACCUCACUCACCGUGUCCUCAUCAUCUUCCUUCAAAUCCCCUCUUUCAAUCAAGCAGCCGCCACCCUUUUCUCCUCCUCCUCCUCCUCCUCCUCCUCCCAGGGUUUCUCAUGACUCAUCAGUUCCCAAAUUUGGAGCAUGUAGAGCUACUCAAUUCAUCGACCUCUUCCCGAUCGUGUCUCCCGAGAUUGUUGUUCGGGAGGCACGGUUAGAGGACUGCUGGGAAGUGGCCGAGACUCACUGCAGCUCGUUCUUUCCCGAGUAUUCCUUCCCGUUGGAUUUCGUGCUACGAGUUGAUAGACUGGUGGCAAUGCUGUCCGGAUUCUCGAUUCCGACUGGUUGCAGGAGAACAUGUUUGGUUGCUGUCAUCGGUGGUUCGGUUGACGACACGUUUUUUAUUGGAGCUGACGAUUUCAAAGUCGGAGGUUUCAAUGGGAAAUUUAGUCUUAACAAAGGUUAUGUGACUGGUAUAUUAACCGUCGAUACUGUUGCUGAUUUUCUUCCUCGAAAAGGACCACUUCGACUGAGAAGGACUGGAAUUGCAUACAUAUCAAAUGUUGCCGUUCGGGAGAGAUUCCGUCGGCAGGGAAUAGCUAAAAGGCUCAUAGCUAAAGCAGAAGCUCAAGCAAGGAGCUGGGGCUGUCGUGCCGUUGCUUUGCAUUGCGAUUUGAACAACCCCAGCUCCACAAAACUUUACAAAGACCAGGGUUUCAAAUGCAUUAGGGUGCCAGAAGGAGCAAACUGGCCUAAGCCGAAGACCGCACCGGACAUGAAGUUCAACUUCAUGAUUAAGCUUCUUAACAACUUUACCACUGCAUAGAAUUUGUGUACAAACAUAGCAGUAUCAUCGAAGAACUCGUCGAA